AUAAAGCGAGCGGACGGGGGGGGAGCAGUAGCGGCGGCGCAUGGGCGCGGGGACGGGGCGGCUCGGUGGGGGAGGAAGAGGAGACGCGGGCUAUCGAUUUCGCUUCUCGGCGAUAGGAGCGAAUGGCGGAUGUCGUGAUGCCUAGUGGUGACGAGAUGGAGCCGGAGCAGCAUCACCGGACGGAGAAGAUCAGCGCGGGCCUCGUCGGGGUGGAGAGUCGUAGAGCUGCCGAGGACAGCACACAAAAUGGCGGACGCUCUCAGAGCAGUAGCACUGGGGAGGCGCUGCUGGUGGCUGCUGUUGCUGCGGAAGACAAGGUCCCCCUAAACCUCAGCAUCACUAGCAGCAGCCAGCGCAGGAGCAGCAUCUCAACGGCAAAUGAACAACAGCAGCAGCCGCUCAGCAGUGUGUUGGGGGGGCCUCCCCCUCUCCUUAAGCUCCCAGAAGAUCUGCAUGUUAGGAGGAACUUUCAGAUUCCCAGGAAGAGCAGAGAAAAGAAAGCACUCUUCCAGCCAGUAGCUGUAGGCUCUCGAGAAUUUGAGGAUGUUGUGAAGAUUCUGCAUUCAUCUUACUUGGAACCAAGUUCAGUGUCCAAUUUUAAUUACAAGAGAGCCAGCUUAGUUCACAGUGAACUGUUGGAAAAGGAAUACACAGAAAAACGCAGAGAGCUGAAAUUUGAUGGUCGCCCAGAGAAAGAACUGUCUGAAACCUAUGCAUUUCUGAUGGUUGAUCGACCUCAGAUCCAGAGCAUAUGUGAAAAGGGGCUGCAGGUGGGCCACUCCAAAAUAACAAUUCUUGGCAGCCCUUCCAUGGGUGUGUAUAUCUCCAGGUACGCUGAUUUAUUGCAGCCUAACCCUCUGGAAGCUGGAGCAACUGGAGAUGUGAUUGUUUUUAAAAUAAUAAAGGGAAAAAUGAAAAGCAUAUAUGACCACAUUGGAAUGAAAGCAAUGGAAUCAACAGUAAAGAGUGCAUUAGAUCCAACACCAAAGCAUGAGUGUCAUGUUUCAAAGAAUGCAAACAAAGUGACCUCCUUGUUGGCUUAUCGAGCCUAUGAACUUACUCAGUACUAUUUUUAUGAAUAUGGCUUUGAUGAGAUCAGGCGAAGACCAAGACAUGUGUGUCCUUACGCUGUCGUUUCAUUUACUUAUAAAGAUGAAAUGGUGCCAGUACCAAAAUUCUUGCCUCCGUCAAGAUCAAACAGCUUCAACGCAGAUAGAAUUAUAGAUAAAUAUAACUAUACGUUAUGGAGGGGACAGCUUUGGAAUAAAGGCAAACUUUUGUGCCACGUUUCCUUGAAAUCAGCGCUACGUCCAUUCCUUCCAUGCAAGCUUCCAGAGAAGUUGGAGGUUGAAAAAGUCGUGAGCAUUGAUCAACUGAAGAAAAAAAUCUCACCAGCGCUGUUGUAUAAAGAAACUUAUAUAGGAGCAAGAGAAGUGUUGAAGAAUGGCAUGUACUGUAGCCUGUAUGAAGUUGUGGAGAAGUCCCGUUCUGGUGGUCACUUUGAGGGUUUACUUCAGAAACUAGAGAAGGAGAAACUUGUUCUUGUGAAACCACUUCCAGACAGAGGAUUUCUUUUUCUUCUUUCUCCUUGGCAAAUGAUCUCCCCUUAUGACCAGCAAACUGGACGGCCCCGUAUGCUGCAUGCGUUGUUUCUGUUCCCAGAACCAAGAGGUGUAGUGAACCCAGCACAAAAGAGUGUUCUGUUUGGAACACAGAAAAAUUCAAGUACCGUGCACGAAAAUCAGGAAAUCAUUCCAGAAUUCACCAGGUUUAUUCAGUCUCUACAUUUUGCUUUAAUCCAGUCUCGUAAAGACACUACUGCAGAUUUCAAUGCUGUUGUGGAAAAGUAUAUACAUGAGUAUUUGAAAAGAGGCUGUAGUGGCUCUGGAAAAUACAGAGAAUUUAUAUUAUAUCGGUAUGAAUCACGGCUGGAUGAAAAAAAAUUUCUGUAUUCUGCUCCAAAAAAUAAAUCUCAUCUUGACAGCUCCUUGCAAAACUAUAUUUUUGGGUGUGAGGCAUAUCAACUGCCUGUGUCUAGAGCUAUGGAGCUGAUGGAGGGAAAUCAGAAAUCUCAGCAGUUCAGUCCCAUCUCAGAUUAUGAAGUCACAGAAGAAGACUCUGAUUUUGCCAGUGCAAAAAUUGGGAAAAGAAUCCGUGCAAAAUACGAAGCCAAGAGAAAACUGCCUCAUUCUGGAGAUUAUGAUCCCGAUAGACUCAAAGAACUUAUUAACUUAAUCCAGAGCAGGAAAAAAAAUGCAAGUGGAGAUUCUGAUUCUGAAGACCCUAGAAAUAAAAGCGGUCUGAAAAGGAAGCUGGAAAAACAGUCUGAAAGUUUGAGGAAAUACUUAAAAAUGAGUGAAUCUGCAGAGAAUAGUUGUCAAUACGAAGGGGGCAGAACAACCUUGGACUUGCCACAUGCUGUUUUCUCAAUUAAUACUGGUCUUGGUGGACAUGAUCCUGACUUGAGGCAGCAAGAUGUACCCGACCCUGCUGUUGCUGACCCACACGGCCUCAUUAAACUGCUUUUAGAAACACUAGCUAGUGCAGGACACUUGGAUUCAUCGUUGGCACGGUCUGUAAAUCAAACUUUAGGACUAAGCAGUGAUGAAGAGGAUAUGAGACAAAAAUAUGAAUAUGAAUCCAUUCCAGCACACGACAAAGAUGAUCAUGAGCUUCCCAAUACUGCUCAGGCUGAAAAUGUUCACUUUAAGGACCCGCAGAGCCCAGUGAUACUGGAAACUGAUGUGGCAUGCUUACCCUACCCUGUUGAUGUGGAUCUGCAGCUUUCAGCUAGUGAAGUAGGCCUUGAACAGACACUGCGUUUAAAAGAAGCAAGCACUGGAAGUAUAAGUAGUCAUGAGGACUACAGUCCCUGUCCUGUUACACCUAUAGAACAUGUUCAUCGCAGGCAACGUUCCAACUCAAAUAACGUAGGAGAAGUUGGAAUGCACUGGAAACUUAUUCCAAUUACAGGUCUGAAAUCACCAGAAGAACCACUGGUGUAUUUACCGCCAAAGGAUGCCUUUCCUAAUGACCCCCGGGUAAUAAAUAGACAGAGAAGUUCUGAUUAUCAGUUUCCAUACUCUCCAUUUUCAGACACACAAAAGGGGACAGCAGAAGAUGAGCUUUAUGCAAGACAAGUGGAGAAACUGGAAGAUCAGUGUGGGCUAGCAGACCACCCUUUUGCAACUAAGCAUUCCAUUAGUGCAGUAAUAGAGACUACACUAUUAGAAGAAUAUAAUCUCUUUGCAAGAAAGAUUCAAGAAAUUUUGCAGCAAAAGAAUAUCACCUAUGUUAGUGGUAUGUCCACACCAGUCUUCUCCGCCCAGGAGAGGAUAAUGAGACUUUCUGAAUACAUCUGUUUACGGGCAUCGGAGGUUUCUGUCCAAGAGUAUAUAGAGACACUGAAUGAAAAGCUGCAUAGUGUUAUUUUGUCAUCUUCGUGCAUUAGGCAAACCCCCCCGGUUGGUUCUAGCCCUGAACCAGCAGAGGCGGUCGGUAACGCUGCGCUGAACCCUCCGCCCGACACGUUGCCCAUUGGCAGGGACUCUGACACGGGCGCGUUACCGGAGCCGUUGUGUAAUAACCUGGUGGAAGAUGGGGAUUCUAACGAGCAGCGUGCAUCAAGCUUGCCCGUAGUGAAGGAGGAAAUAGAUCAUGUGAAUGCUAAAACUGAGGACACGGUGACAUCUGAGCAGACCUCUUCCAGCGGUGAUCUGACGGAGGUGCCAGAAAAGAUGCAGAAAUCCCCAGAGAACUUCAGCAUUUCAUCCCAGCCAGCCUUUUCUGAUUUUAUAAGCCAGUUAAAACCUGAAGUAUUUAACAGUUUGGUCAAAAUUAUUAAAGAUGUACAGAAAAACACUGUGAAAUUUUAUAUUCAUGAAGAGGAGGAAAGCGUUCUCUGCAAAGAAAUCAAGGAAUAUCUUACAAAGUUAGGUAACACCGAGUGCCAUCCAGAACAGUUCCUUAAAAGAAGAGCUGAUUUGGACAAACUGUUGAUUAUUAUCCAAAAUGAAGACAUCGCCAACCUCAUCCAUAAGAUACCUGGCCUCGUAACUCUGAAGAGGCUUUCCUGUGUCAGCUUUGCGGGUGUCGAUAGUCUGGAUGAUGUGAAAAAUCACACUUACAACGAGUUGUUUGUGUCGGGUGGUUUUGUUGUGUCAGACGAAUCUGUCCUAAAUCCGGAGUCCAUCACUACAGAUAAGCUAAAACAGUUCUUAAAAUUUCUGGAGGAUCUCAACACCCCAGAUGGGAAAUGGCAGUGGAAGGUCCACUGCAAAAUACAAAAGAAACUUAAAGAGCUGGGGAGGAUGAAUGCCAAUGCCCUGAGCCUGCUGACCCUUCUGAAUGUCUAUCAAAAGCAGCACUUGGUUGAGAUUCUGUCCUACCAUAAUUGUGAUUCUCAGACUCGAAAUGCCCCGGAGUUGGAUUGUCUUAUCAGGCUUCAGGCUCAAAACAUACAGCAGAGACAUGUUGUCUUCUUAACAGAAAAGAAUCUCAAACCACUUUCCAAUUAUGUUGAUAAUGGAAUAGUGGUUGCUGCUGUCGAUGACUUUAUGCACAAUUUUAAAAGUCUCGUUGGGUAUCACAACUCAGUCACUGAGGAGAACAGCUUUCCUCCCGCCGACGCUCACAGAACCCAGUCAGAUGCUGGUUUGACAUUAACCCCCUUGGAGCUGGGAGUUGGGAUUUCCCAACACUAAACAUGAACACAAUACGCAGAAGCUUUAGCAUCGGAAUAACUGGACAGUCACACAGAGGGUUAAGUGUGUGUGUUGAGUAAAUGAACAAGAGUGGCAGAAGACCAAGACUUAAGUGAUAUUGGACUUACAGACCUGAAGCGUAACACUGUGAGUAGUGUAUAGCUUUUCUAACAAAAGUGUGUAUUUCAAUAGAAUAGGACUUUCUCUUUCUUCUAAUGUAGUUCUUGUAGAAAGCGAUGAAAAGGAUGAGGAGGACAUGUCUCUGGAUUCAGGGGAUGAGACAGCACAAAUAGAAAUCUGCAGUGAUGCUCAUGUGGAAACUGUACAGGCAGAGGCCAAGAGCUCAGAUUCCAAAGAAAGCAGCUUGGCAGUUACGGAGUUACCUCCUGCAGCACCAACUGCCCUGUUGGAAAAGACUUCUAAAAUUGACUUGGAAGAGAUACAGCCAAUGACUCCAGUUUCUACAACAUGCUCUACUGAAGGAGAAAACCACAAUUCAGCUGAACAAGCUCCUUUCAGUAACUUCCAAGUUUACAGCAGACAAUUAAACAUGUCCCACCAGUUCAGCCACUUCAACGUUCUCACUCAUCAGACUUUUCUGGGAACAUACCCAAUCUCCUCUGCAAAUCAAAACCAAGAAGGGGGCAACUAUUUUCUCUCUGCGUACAGUCAAAGUGUGGAUACAGGAAAGUCGUCAUCACCUGGUGGCUGGGAUGCAAGUUGUGAUUCGUCCAGGUCAUACUCAAACCAGAAAUAAACUCCCAAGUCUCUUUUUGUAAGUUGCUGUGGACUUUUCUGUUUCUAAAAUGGUGGAUUAACAAUUUCUAUUUUAUUCUGGAACAAAAUGUUUCUUGUUCUUGAUCUCAAAUGUUUUCUUGUCUUAUUUAAAGCCUGCGGGCCUGUACCUGUUGGAAGCAUCUGAAGAUUGAAAUAAAUAUAUAUAUUUUCUAACAUUAUUGUACUUGAAUUAUCUUCUUUGUUGGCACUUUUAAGUUUCUACAUUUGUAUUUGACCUGUACCUGGGCUUCAGUUUUUGAGGGUCUGUUUAAUUGUAAAACUGAAUGUUUGCCUAAAAUAUGUGAAACAGCGAGGUUUGUUUUUUUUUACUGUAAGAGUAUCCAAUCACAUUUCUUUCAUAAAUAUCAAAACUUAUGUAUUUAUUUGACACAAAUUUUGUACGAAUGUUUUUACAUGACUGUAAGUCAGUGUAGUUAGUUUAAUGAUUAGAGGCUGGAUCUUGGCUAAAUACCUCAAUCAGAGUAACCAAUGGUGCAGUUCCAUUACAAAAUAAAAUAAACUCUUAAUGCACAAGG